CAAGCAAAACUUAUUUGGAACUUGAAGACAAUGAAAUCCCCUAGUCUCGAACAACAUAACCUAUUUUGUGUGCAUUUUCUUUGUUUAUCUAGUUCAUAAAACUCGUAAAAAGGGAAAAAAAGUUGUAGUAAUCCUCACAAAUUAGUCUUAUGCAAGUGAAGAAAUUCUCAUUACCAUGCAGCCCCGAAAGUUUCACACACACAGAAAAAAAAGUGGUAAUCGUCUCGGUAAUUGGAAAAUCCCAAUACCGCGCAAAAGGCAGCAAGACGGAGAUGGUUGGGCCACAUCUGCUCGUUGAUUUGAUUAAUCAUCCCUCAGUUGAUCCUGAUUCUAUCAGUGAAAUUGAGGGAUAUUACAGUCAUCAAGAGAAAACAAUUUAUCUUCAUUUACGAGGGCUCUUUGACACCGACACAUUGGUCAAUGAAUACGAUAAUUUCAUGAAGAAAUUCAAGUGCAAUGACUUUCUCAGUGCCUGGGCCCAUAUGCGUGAACGAUAUGCCAGGGCUUUACUUGUAUUAUUUCACAUCUCUCACAUCAUUAUCCUCAGUCAUCCAACGCACACAUUUGACUACAGCUACGUUCACUUAUUCAGAGCUUUGGACGUAAUCAGGCAAAAAACAUUGGGGCAAAUUUCCACUUUAUUGACAUCAAUCACAGGACUACCGAAGAGUUGGUACACCAAUAGUCGUCCCUGCUCCCCCAGGAUUUUAUUCUACUUCGAGACCUGUCCUGGAACAAUAAAAAACAUCAAGAAAUUGGAACACUCUCUGGAAGAUCAAAUUUAUCACUUGUUACGAAAGCAUCGCAUCGUCACCAAUGUCAGUGCCAAUUCAUUAUUUGCCAUUCCAGCAAAUCAAGAAUUCGUUUAUGUUAAUACUGGAUCAACUGAGUCAAGUGAUAUGCUUGGCUAUAUGUUUGAAAAAUUAAUGAAUAGCUGUAAAGUCAAUCCAGUAAAUAACAAAAAUUUUACUGAUAAUGUUUAUUCGAAGAGUGAAAGGUCUUUCACUGCUUUUCUCCAGCAGCACAUCAAACUAGCAUUUGCCAAAGGUUUUGAUGAUAAUGUAGGUCGUCAUUCGACCCCAGCUCACUUCGAAAUUCCCACGGUUGCUGCAUUCAGUCAAACCGUCAAUGCUAUUUAUGAUUUUUUUAUCAAUUCACGAGAUAAAGAGUUGACAAAUCUUCAUGGAUUGUUAGAUAUUGAUGUUAAAUUCAGUAAAAUUAUAUGCAAUAAGGCCUUGCCACGAGCCCUUCAGACGUAUCAAGACAAUUUACCUCAGCAUUAUGAACGGAAUUAUCAUGAAAAUAAACUCCGUCAUGCGAUGUCGGUAUUCAAGGCACAUGCACGUGGACCUUUGUUCGAUGAAUUUGCAGAAAAAUUACAAAGUGAGUGUGAUAAUCACUGGAAAACUGGACGACAAAUGUGUGAGGUAUUGUCUCUAACUGGAAAUCCUUGUACAAAUCCUCUGCACAGUGGAGGCAGUGAAGGAGCUGGUGGUGGAGAACAUACUGAUGAAAGGAAAGAAGAUAAUGAUCUACCUCCUAUGGAACACUGCUCUGGUGUUAGAUAUAAUUGUUCAUGCAAUUGUGGACGUUGGCAAGGGCCUAGAGAUGAUCCUUUCAAUGUUAAAAAUGCUAAUUAUGACUGGUUUCAAGUUAUGGCGAAGCAAUGUGGCUGCUCUCAGUUGGAAACUGUUCAAUUUCCUGUUUUCCAACCCAGCACCCAUAAUUACAGGGCAGCCCAACUUUUUCCCGGAACAAAGAGAAAAGAUUCCUUUGGUCGAGUCGAUUUGUCAACUCCACAGGGACAAACACAGGCGUGCAGCUUAGCUGAUGGAACUCUACAUGGUUAUGGAAGUGGUGGACAAUCUCAAUCGGCUAACGAGCCCAGUGGAGAUGAUCAUCAGAAAGUUGUUAUACAGGUCUCUGACGAUAAUUCUGACAACUUGAAGGAAAAAUCAUUGGUACGACAGCCAUCAACAACCGAGUAUUUACCAGGCAUGUUGCACACUGGAUCACCAUCUGGACUUUUGCCACAGUUCUCCAGUUGGUCAUUAGUUUGUCUGGGUCCAAGCAGUCUUUAUUCUCAUAAUUUAGGAUUACAACAUCAAACUGGUAUUUUACCAAAUUCUGCUUUUCUUUUACCCUGGGACGUGACUGUACGGCUUGAACAGCAAAAAGAUCGAGGAACAUUUUGGCCAAUUGUUGGUGAUCAAUCGACUCAUGGACUUGGCUCUCGUGGAAAGAGUUUUCAAAAUUCAAAUGCUUUGAAGUGUAGAAAAUUUAAAGGUGGAAAGGAAUUUGUUGUUAAAAUUUUUGUUGGAGUUGAGUACGAGUGUCCAAGGGGUCAUCGAUUCAUGGCUGCAGCACCUGAUAAAAUUUUGAAAGCAACGGGAAGUGGAAUUGUCAAGGACAGUGGAAACAAAGUAACAUCCAGUACAGCCGAUAUGCCACUUUAUUUUCCCUGCUCGUGCAGAGCAAUAUCUCCUUUGAUUGCCCAACUAAUGAGAAUUCACGUUGUCACACCAAAGGCACCUGUUCAUGUGACAUUGAAUCCAAGAGUUCAACCUGGUCCUCCACCAACACCAAUUUUCAUUCCUGGGUGUGAAGAAGAACCCAUCAGAUUAUCACAAAGUGCUUAUUGGGUGUUGAGACUGCCUUAUGUUUACGUGGACGAAAAAGGCCCCUAUUUAGCACCAAAACGACCCAUGCCGAUAUCACAUGGUCGAUUGCUUGCUGGGAUGUACGGAAUCAGUGCAGUUGUGCCUGAAAAAAAAUAAAUCUUGAUGUACGGAGCUGAGGAGACUGUACCCUCUGGGUCUCAGAGAUGGGAGACAAGAAUUGUAGGGGGGAUUGAGUGGAGUGAGGGGCGCCUCAUCCAGCCGCCUGAAUCGACGCUGGCGCAGCUCACGGCCGGGGUCACCACUAACAUUGGCGUGGAGUCGUCUGAUCGCCGGGAUCUGAGCCACUAUUUACUCUAUCCUGUUUGGCAGCUGUACUGCCCUAAUUAGUUCGCAAUUUCCUCACCGUUUUUAUUCUCAUUCCUGAUUUGUUUUAUAAUUUGAAGUUAAAGGUGGAGAAAAAAAAAUGUACAUAUAUAAAUAUGUCCACAAUAAAACAUUAAUGAUCAAUAUGA